GCCUGGUGCUGGAGGUGCGACGCGAACCACUCCGAGGACGACUGCCGGCACCGCAAGACCAUAUGCCACAGGUGCGGCACCAAGGGACAUCUGGCGAGGGUGUGCAAGUACAGUCGGCCCAGCCAGCCAGGUGCGUACGCGCUGGCGGACAUCAACACCGAGGAAGAGAGUGGCGAGGAAAUGCUUCACGCCCUGGUGGCUCACAGUACAGCCAACAAAGACACGACGCCGCCGAUAGAGCGGGAUUUGCUAUGGGAAGGCAGGAAGCUGCGAAUGAUUCUGGAUACGGGCUCCCCAGUCAGCGUAAUUCCCGAGAGCGCUUUCAAAAGACACCGUAAACGGUGGCCGGCCCUGGAAACGACCCCCCUACGCUUGUCGUGCUUCCUGGGGCCGCUGCCCGUUGUCGGCAAGAUCACCAUGAGUGUACAGUACGGACAGACGCAGGUGCGCAGCUCGUUGAUUGUGGUGAACUGCCCAGGGCCGCUGCUUUGCGGUAGGAAUACGCUGCGGGCGUUUCACGACGCAGGGGCACCGCUUCUAGAAACUGGGGCACCGCUUGGGGUGAACAUGGUGCAGGCCGGCGCAGAGGGGCAGGACCUACUGGAAGAAUUUGCAGACGUUUUCGAAGAGAAGCUGGGGUGCUGCCAGGGCCCACGAGUAAAGCUGUACAGGAAGGAAGAUGCGCGACCCCGUUUUUGUAAGGCGAGGCCGGUGCCCUACGCGCUUCGCGACAAGGUGUCGGCGGAAAUCAACCGCCUGGAGAAGGACGGCGUGCUCUCGCCGGUCAGCGUGUCGGAAUGGGCUACACCUGUUGUUCCGGUGGCAAAGAAAAACGGCGAGAUACGACUGUAUAUUGCUAAUCCAGCUUCUAAUGCACAAAUGCAGUAA